CGCGGCAGGCUGGACGGAGCCCCCGCAGCAGCAGCAGCGCCGCCACCACCGCUGUCGCGCAGCCCCCCGGGCCGAGCGGAGCAUGCCGGUGCGGCAGAGGCAAAGGACGAGGCGCGGGGGCUGGACGGGCCGCUUGGGCGAGCAGCAGCGGAGGCGGGCAGACGGAGAGCUCCAGGCUAGCUGCCCUUCCUUGGCCUCUGACAUGAUGGAAGACCGCCUGGGCUGGUCUACGAUAUAGAAUGGUAGCGCAUAGCACUGUGACACCUGAGAAUACCAGAGUAACGGAGCUGCGGCAUCGGCUGGAGCCCCCUGCACGGGACCCUUCUCAACCCCGAAUUCCCCAUGGCCCGGCCAGCACCAACACCCACUUCCAUACCUUCCGCUCCCAGGCAGAUUUCAGCAGCAUCAUCCAUACUAGCGCAUUGCUGGAGGCGUGUGGUUUUUAUUGGGGACCAUUGUCCGUCAGCGCUGCCCAUGAGAAGCUCAGAGGAGAGCCAGUGGGCACCUUCCUCAUCCGGGACAGCAGGCAGAAGAACUGUUUCUUCACGAUUAGUGUUAAGACUGCCUCCGGACCCACCAGCAUCCGGGUUGUCUUCCAGGCCGGCCGCUUCAGUUUGGAUGGCAGCAAGGAGGAUUUUGACUGUCUCUUCAAGUUGCUGGAACAUUACGUUAGCUCUUCGCGAAAAGUCCUGGUCGUCCCAUUGCGCAAAGUGCGCAUGCGCUCCUUGCAGGAACUCUGUCGCAAAAGCAUCGUGACAGCGCUUGGGGCAGAGAAUCUCAGCCGCAUCCCCCUCAAUCCAGUCUUAAAGGAUUACUUGGCCUCUUUCCCAUUUAAGUUAUAGAGACUCUGCAUUAAAUCUUGUUGAAUGAGGGAGGGGGGCCAACAGAACGUCCAACCACUGGACCUUUUUUUUUUUUUUUUUUUUUUAGUGUGGCCACAGUCACAAGGGCCACAUUGGGAGAGAUCCACUCGUGCACUAGGGAAUGUGGUCUGAGGGGCUGUGGAAAACAUUGGGUGCUUGGAGGGGUCUUCCAUGUAACCCUUGCUUUGUGCAAGUGAGAGAUUGACAAAUGCGUGAAGAAAUCCAGUGUCUGGAUUUUCAUAAACUUAUCAGAAAUGAACACGCUUAUUUUUGUAGCAGUUCCACUGUAUUGGGUGAUGGAUUUUGAGAACACUUGACUUUCCAUGUUUACACAAAUGGACAAUCUGUUUGCACAAUCUGAGGUUCUCAGGAGCCUUGGGGAUAAUUUUCUGCUGGGCAGAAUAUUUUGCU